UUUUCGCACAACUCGCCUCAUCAAAUGCAAGCCUGGUACCCUCGUUUGUGAGAGCUGGUCCUCGGCAGUAUUAUCAGAGACAUGGACAGCUCUGACGGCCAUGCACAGCAAGCCGGGCCCAGCCGGUUAGUCGGCAAGAUCGUCCAAGACUGCAUCCAGAUACAGCACAACCAAAGAGAGGCCCUCAGCGUGGGUAUUUAUCAAACGCCGCGUGUUGAAGACAAGCCUGUCGUAAACCACCAACGAAUCCAUGAUAUCGACGAUGACAGACAUGUGGCGCUUCAAUUUUUCGAUGCACAAAUGACAAGCAAAUGGACGCCUCCCUCGACCACCAGACAUGAUCCAUUUGCGCUCGACUUCCUCGUUCCCGUCAAAAGAGGCACCGCUGUGUCGUUACGAGUCUUCAAUGUGGCAUCUGAUUCGAUGUACAAGUACCAAGUUUUCGCUGGUGGCGUCAACGUGGCACGGCCAACGCCGAUAGGGAUUCGCCAGGACUAUUUUGUUGCGCCUGCACACGAGUGGGUGUACGGUACACGCUUUGCCAGUGAUCCAUGCAUAGUACGGCAAUUCCAACUCCUGAAGGGCAAGUCAGGAUUCUCGCUUGCUUCUGUGCUUUCCAAAGACGACACGAUCAAGUGCGUGGAAGUACAGAUAUCAUCACGCAAGAGGUCCUAUGAAGCCACGGGCACAUGUGAUAUUCAGGCAAAUGAACAACAGUCCUCUGGAACUUCCUAUACGCAUAUCCUCCAAAGCACUUCAGCCGAAGAUGCAAGCCUCGCAGCUUCUACUCUGCCUACCACUGAUGGGGAGGAAACUGUCACUGGGGAUGCAGUCAAGGAACCAGAGACCAAUAAACUGGUCUCCAUUCCUCCAAAAAGGCACUCGAUCCCUGGCGGCUUCGAAGUUCACCUCGCGGGAUCUAAUUUCAUUCCCAUCCACGUUCGGAAUAUGCACGGUAAGGACCUCGUGGAAGACCUGAAGAUGAGGAUUGAAGAACAAGAAGGCAUACCUAUAAAUAUGCAAAGAGUCUUCUUGGCUGGGACAGAGCUCGGAGACGUCUAUCCUCUGGAAUUGUUUGGCAUCUGCGCCGCCACGAGAGACUUGUACUUGCUCAUUGGCGAGAGAUUAAGGCCCAGGACUGGUAUAUUAGUAGAUGAACGGACUUCACCCCAAUCACAUGAAGAAGGGCUCACGUCUGAUGAGAUGUCAGACGAUAUGUCACAUGCAGAAAGUAUUGAGCUCGCAAUCGACCGAGCACGGCGCACUUCUCGACUUCCACGACCCCUUCGUCAACUUACACGACCCCUUCAUCAACAUGCACGACCCAUUCAUCAACAUGCAUCCCUUCAUGAACAUGCACGACCCCUUCCACAACAUACGCAACCCCUUCAUCAACAUGCACCAGAGCCCCCCCGUCAUAGAUUGGUAAGCUCUCGAAUACGGUCGAGAUGGGAAACCACUCAGGUUCUAAGCCCCGUGACCGCAACAACUAGCGAAGAACAGCAUCUGAUGGAUAUAUGUCCCGGGGGUCUUGUCAGGCAGAAAUUCACACUGGAUGACAACCCGGAACAAUGGUACGAGUACUACGAGGGGGCCCUGCGAAUCCACCUCAUCGACGAGGAGCAGUUUGAGAAGGUGACUGGACUAAGGCGGGAUACCUCCAACAACGUCGCAUCGCAGGCUCAGAAUGCUUCUCUCGUAUUCGGCCCCCCAGCUCCCAGAAGAUUCGUCCGAGAGUCUGAGACUCCAGGUGGUCUCCCAAGCGUAGCGCAAAUGUGGGUGCGGACGAGAAGGGAGAAAGCCAGGGCAAGAGUCCCCCCCACUACAACUUCGACUACGAGGCAACUUGAAUUAGACAUUGAAGAGCCCAAAACGCAACGGUCGGCCGGGAAGCUGGCAAAAUACUUUUUCAUCUGUGGCAAAUGAGCUCGUCUCUUCUCAUCCAAAGGGAUGAGCUCAACUGCUUUCUCGGGAGGCCAGCAAGUAUUCUUGUCCUGGCAGCACGGAAUGAUUACAGAUUAAUGCCAAUAAUUUGUUGUGUUCACUUCCAUAUCUACUGUGGCCUCAAUUUAUUACCAUCGGCCAUCAAGCCGGAUGACCAGGUCGCCAACAUCCAGAGAGCAAAGCAAGAUUCGGCAUCAGAAAAUGAAGUGGCCCGUCCGGGAACGGUAGCAUUUAGCAAACCCUGAAAUUCUGAAUGUCCUGAUGACACCCCGUGGGACCAACCCCGGUGUUGACGAGGCGAACAGCGGCGGGUGCAAGCGUCGCCAAGGACGUCUUGGCGAUGGCAGCAUCGUGGGGGCAAACAACGACGCUGGACUCACG